UUUUGCUUUGCCUUCUUCUUCUUCCCUGGGUGAGAGACUGAGAAAAAAAACGCAAACAGAAAUGGCGAAACCACUACCCUCUUCCUCCUCCAGCUCUGUCCCAGAACCGUUGCAGAAGAUGCUGUCGCCGACAGCAACUAUUUCCGACGAUAUCCCUUUACAAUACGCUUCCCAAGCCCUUGGUUUCCUUAAAGACAUUUCUUUCUCUGCUGUUGUCCCUGAUCAUUGUAAAUCUAACGACUUCUAUUCCAACUUGAUUGGAGGCGUCCUCAAGCCCCUCACCAUUUCUCGUGGCAGAGUUUCCUGCCUCCUCACCGUCAAACCUGCUGUUACUAACUACUUUUUAGGACUUCAUGGAGGAGCAGUUGCGGCUGUUGCUGAGGCCAUAUCAAUAGCUUGUGCUAGGACAGUCGUGGCUGAGGAUACAGAAAUUUUUCUUGGUGAACUGAGCAUGUCUUAUCUGUCUGGUGCUCCAUUGAACUCGGAGGUAAUAGUUGAUGGAAAUGUAGUUAGAAGUGGAAGAAAUAUAACCGUAAUUUCAGUUGAUUUCAAACUCAAAAAAACCAGCAAGUUGGUUUUUACUGCUCGUGCUACUUUCUAUAACAUGCCAGUUGCCAAGUUAUGAAGCUUUUAUUGACGAUUCAAAGGCAUUUCAGUCGGGUACGUCAGUUGAUACCUCAGUUAUGUUCUUGGUGAUUCAAGCCAGUUCAUUCCGGUUAUUUCAAUUACAUGUCAUUGAAGCUUGAACAAGAAAAUUGUCUGUAAUUCCUUAUAAGUUUACAUAGGCCAAGAGCUUCAUGGAAAAAUUCCUCUUAAGAAGAUUUCAAUGGCUCAGAGUAUUGUGUAAAAAAAAACAUCUAUACUCAUUGCUAUUCUGUGCUGCAACCUUACUUCUUUGCCA